GGCAGCUUUGCCAUCAGCUGCCAGUGCUCAGAGGGAGCAAAAUUGGCUCUGCUCCCUCUGGGGUGGGUAGAUGGCGCUCUCUCCCCAUCACACUUAAGGUGGCGCUGGGCGGCACGAGGCGUCUGUGAGCGGAUGAAUCGGAACCUAGCCGCCGUGCUUUCCUCCAAGCGCGCUAGCUGCUCAGGCAAUGAUUCGUCCGCAGCAGCUUGAAAAAAGGGGCGAUUGACUUCACACGAGUCGGACUCUUGUCCGCAUCCUCCAAGAGUCAUGGGCGUCACCGGUGAUGGGGACGCACAAAGGGGUGGGACAAUUGGAUAUCCAAAUUGGGAGAAAAUGGGGAAAAAUCUGAAAUAAAAUUAUAAAAAAAACACCAACAAACACAGGAACAGGGGCAUUAGGAGCCAGGGACAGGGACAGCCGCAGGCACAGGGGCAGCAGGAGCCGCAGGCAGCGAGCAACGCUGGCACUGGAGUUGAGGUGGCUUAAUCUGAGGCACCAAGUGCUGCUGGCAGUGGAGCUGAGGUGGUGGUUUGGAAAAGUGUUAAAAAAAAAAUGUGACGGUCCAUGUUAAAGUGAGGCAGUGUGGCAGUCUAUGCCACUGGCACUGGAACUGAGGCAGCAGGCACCACUAGCACUGGAGCUGAAAAGGUGUGCAUUGUUGGCCGCUGGAGCUACGGUGGUGGGAGAUGAGGUGGUGGGUGAAGCAGGGUCCUCUCCCUCAGUGAAGGCUAUUGGCUGAUAUACAGGGUUUGUGACGGACCACCUUCUCCUAAGAGCCGGAGGAAGGCAGACAAAGAAGGACAGCAAAUGAGUUAGCUAGCUGGCUACGCUAACAUCCAAACAACCUGCUCUCCGGUGCGCUGGCUCUUUAGCCCGAGUUAAGUGUCUGGAGUGAUCGGCUCUGUUUGUCCGGGUUCAGUGCCUGGAGUGAUCGGCUCACCGCCUCUGUCUGUCCGGGUUCAGUGCGGUCGCUCCAGGUGAGAGGCAGUCUCUCCAGGCGCUAACCCUGGAGAUAUCAGCCAGUAGCCUUCGCUGUGGGAGGCAAACCUGACCCCACCCCCAAACUGUCAAAACCACUCCUUUCAAAACUUGAGCACAAAAAACUCACUUGAGCACAAACUGCUGCCACAGGUAAUUUGCAUGGGGCACGAGGAGAACUGUAAAUUUGAGAGGAAAAAAAAAACAAAGAGGAGAAAAUUAAGCUGGAGAGCGAUAUUCUGUUCAGUGCGCACCUGAUCCCCUUUUUUUUGCUUGCGAGUUUCACAUUUGUGCUCACAAGAAGUUAAUUUACACAUGCAAAUUGUUAAAACAUGCUGGUUAUUUUUUUUUUACCUGUUAUUUUUUCGCCCCGGACUUUUGACAUUGAUGUGAUGCCAUAGAGGCGGCACAGGAACAUGGUGACAGGAACUGUGGGCACAAGGCAGCGCACACCACUGGCACUGGAAUUGAGCAGACUGAAGCUGAGGUAGUGGGCCCCAUUGGCACUGGAGGGGGCACUGGCAGUAGAGGGCACUCAAAUUGAAGUGGCUGGAGCUGAUGUGGCUGAAGCUAAGGUGGCAGUGACAGUGGAGCUGAGGCAGUGGUUUGGGAAAACCUGGUUGGAGCAGUUUAAAAAACCCAACCCUGGGGCGGCUGAAGCUGAGAAGGCUGAAGCUAUGGGGGCGUGCGCCGCUGGCACUGAAGCUGAGGUGGCUGGAGCUGAGAAGGCUAAAGCUGAGGCAUUGGUGCCACUGGCACUGGAGCUGAGGCAGUUGGAGCUGAGGCUGGAGCUGAGGCUAGAACUAAGGUGGUGGUGGCGUUGGCACUGGAGCUGAGGUGGCAGGUGACGGUAGUAGGUCUUGCUAGGUCUCAGCUGUGCAUAGGGAGCAGGUGUGUUCAAUUUUGUAGUACAGCUCUCGCACUUUCUCAUACUGGUCACUGAAAGUUCCAACAUGGCACCUCAUGGCAAAGAACACUCUGAGGAUCUCAAAAGACGAACUGUUGUGCUACAUGAAGAUGGCCAAGGAUACAAGAAUAUUGCCAACACCUUGAAACUAAGCUGCAGCACAGUGGCAAAGAUCAUUCAGCAUUUUAAAAGAGAAGAGUCCACUCAGAACAGACCUCGCAUUGGUUGUCCAACAAUGAGUGUAUGUGUUCCGUGUCACGUCCAAAUGCUCUCUUUAAAAGAUAGGUGCAGGAGUGCUGUCAGCAAUCCUGCAGAGAUUAAACAGGUGGGGGGUCAGCCUGUCAGUGCUCAGACCAUACACUACAUCAAAUUGGUCUACAUGGCUGUCACCUUAGAAGAUCAGCCUCUUCUGAAGUCUGUAUACAAGAAAGCCAUGUGAAAACAAGUCAACAAAGGACAUGUAUUACUGGAACCAUGUCCUAUGAUCUGAUGAGACCAAGAUUCAUUUGUUUGGUUUAGAUGGUCUCAAGCAUGUGUGGCGGUAAUCAGGUGAGAAGUACAAAGAUAAGUGUGUCAUGCCUUCAGUCAAGCAUGGUGGUGGGAACGCCAUGGUCUAGGGCUGCAUGAGUGCAGCAGGUGUUGGGGAGUUAUAUUUAAUUGAGCGACACAUGAACUCCAAUAUGUACUGUGAAAUACUGAAGUAGAGCAUGAUCCCCUCCCUCCCGAAACUGGGUCGCAGGGCAGUGUUCCAGCAUGAUUAUGACCCCAAACACACCUCCAAGACGACCACUGCUUUUUUGAAGAGGCUGAAGGUAAAGGUGAUGGACUAGUGUUGAGAAUGAAAAGGUUAAAACAUUGUCUUAUAAUCAUGAAAACUAUCAAUUAAGGGUUAAAACAUUGUUGCCCUAUAAUCAUACAAAAUACUUAAUGAAAAACCAAUCAGUAUAAUCCAUUAGUGAUUUUAAUAAGGUUGAAUCAAUAUGUUAAUCAAUCAAUAUGUUAUCUGUAUUCAAAAGGGAAUUAUUUAGCCCCUUGUAAUCUUUAUUCAUGUUGGUGAUCAUAUGUUAACAGACACAGUACUCUUUAGAAUCAUAUAACAAAUGUAGUUUAAUUAAGUCUGCACAGGAUUGUUUCAUAACACGUGUGUAGCCACCCGCGGUUAGACCUUGAGAGUGAGUGAGGAUGGCUGACCUGUGCCCUCAGACCAAGAUAACCAGGGAACUUCAACUGAAAUUAUGUUGCAAGAACCAGACGGGGGGACAAUAGAUUUAUUAUACUGGAGAUGCAGGUGGUGGGGAGACAUGGCGUCAUGUUAAGAUAAGAUACAGUUCAUGGGACCAAGGACAAAUCCCAAAAAAGGUUUGGGGGACUGUCCAGCCUUCUUCACUCACACCAUAGUGGGAUGAUCUAUAUAAUCUUGUGUAUGUCUUUGGGUUUUCAAACAUUCUCCUUGACUCUCUGAGCGGAGCAUUGUUCCCGGAAGAUCUUCUGAAAUAAACUGUUAAGUUUGCUGAAGACUUUGGUAUCCUGACUCCUCUUGACUUCUCUACUCAUCUCAACCAUUUAAAAGAAUUCAGGGGGAACGCACUGGAAAUGGCGCUGUAAGGGGUAGUGCGGAUUUUCCCAACACUAGCCAAGCAUGUCUCCAGACCUAAACCCAAUAGAACAUCUUUGGGGCAUCCUUAAGCGGAAGGUGGAGGAGCGCAUAGUCCCAAAAAUCUGCCAGCUCCAUGAUGCCAUCAUGGAGGAGUGGAAAAGCAUUCUAGUGGCAACCUGUGGAGCUCUGGUAAACUCCAUGAAAAGGCACUUCUGAAAAAUAGUGGUGGCCACACAAAAUAUUGACAUCAGGAACUUUCACUAAGGAGUGUACUUACAUUUCUUGUGGGUGGUUUGGACAUUAAUGGCUGUAUAUUGAGUUAUUUUGAUGAAAGAAUAAAUUUACACUGUUAUAUAAUCUGCACACAGUCUACUUUUGAUUGUGUCAAAGUGUCAUUUUGUCAGUGUUGUACCAUUAAAAGAUGUACUUAAAUAUCUGCAGAAAUGUUAGGGGUGUACUCACUUUUGUGAUACACUGUAGCAAAGGCAGUGGUUUGGAAAACCUGGUUUGGCGCAGUCUUUCAGAAGGCUGGAGGUGGGCGCUGCUUCAGCUAUGUAGCUGAGGCAGUGGGCACUUGUUGGGCACGUGACUUUAAAAAAGUAGUUGGUUAUAGUUACUAGUUACUUCUCCAAAAAAGUUACUCCACUAUAAAAGUUACUAGUUACCAGUAAAAGUAACUAUUGCGUUACUUUUGUGUUACUUGCCCUCGUAACCCCCGAAAAAACGAAAACGGCUGGAAACUAAAGUCAUGCAGAACGCGACAGAGAGACAGUGGAGUAAUGUACACAAAAUCUGGCCCAAAACGCAUUUUAUUUAUAACAACCUCACGAGCCAGAUGUUUCAUGCUUAUUGCCGACCCCUGCACCAAAGGAUGGUGUUUAUACAUGUGAAAUGGGUGAGCAUUCCCUGCAUCAAACACUCAUUUAUGCUCACUUGCAGCAUGUAUUACAGCUGCCUGUGUUUUCCAGUUCAAAUGUCCAGUCUCUGUUUAAAUGUCUCCUUUGUCUUACUUUGCCAUCCGCACCUGGCUGGAAUUUCUCCUGUGGAACGUGUGUAAUGUCCCCUUCUGCAAAUAGAAUGUGGUAGCAGAGAAGAUCCCAUGGCCAUCUUUUUCCACCGUCCGGCGUUUGGUUGAAACGCUUAAAGAGACUGUCGGUUUGAGGGUGGGAUAUGGACAAGGGUGGCAUAUAGAAAGCGAAUAUGAGAAUUUCUUUAGUCCAGUAUAGUUAGAAUAUACUCAUUGAACUCUAUUCCUGUCCGCUCAAAUGGGGUGCCGAUUAUGGGAAGCUGAGGUAGGGGAGGUUUACACAGAGUGGUGAGUUCGCACUGGUAGUAAUUUUUCACCUCAGCCAGUAGAAAUGGAUAUGACUGAAGGAGGCUCAAAGGCCAGGUGGACACUAAGGGUGUGAUGAUGAGCAAGGUGCAUCAACCUGUGAUCGAAGCUCAAUCAGCUGCUUAAAACUCUGUGUUGUGUUACAUUGUGACUUGGUGGAUGGGAGUUCUGGACAAUGAACCACACCAAUUAUUACUGUCAUCCUCCUGCAGUUCCCCUUGUUCACAAAUCAUCAGUCAACUCCUGGACAGUCAGUGCUGCAAAGUGCCAUUGGUGGAUGGAAUGAGACAUGAUGUCCCAGAUGUGCUCGAUUUGAUUCAGGUCUGGGUAACGGGCGGACCAGUCCAUAGCUACAGUGCCUCCAUCAUGCAGGAACUGCUGACACACUUCAGCCACAUGAGGUCUAGCAUUGUCCUGCAUCAGAAGGAACCCAGGGCCCACUGCACCAGCAUAUGGUCUCACAAUGGGUCUGAGGAUCCUAUCUCGGUACCUAAUGGCAGUCAGGCUACCUCUGGCAAGCACAUGUAGGUCUGUGCGUCUCUCCAAAGAAAUGCUUCCCCACACCAUUACUGACCCACUGCCAAACCGGUCAUGCUGGAGGAUGCUGCAGCAGCAGAACGUUCUUAAUGCCAUCUCCAGACUCUGUCACAUGUUCUCAGUGUGAACCUGCUCUCAUCUGUAAAGAGCACAGGGCAUCAAUGGUGAAUCUGCCAAUUUUGGUGUUCUCUGGCAAAUGCCAAUUGCCCUGAACGGUGUUGGGCUAUAAGCACAAGUCCCCCCUUGUGGACGUUGAGCCCUCGUACCACCCUCGUGGAGUCUGUUUCUGACAGUUUGAGCAGGAACAUGGAUAUUGGUGGCCUGCUGGAGGUCAUUUUGGAGCUCUUGCUACUACUCCUCCUGUUCCUCCUUGCACAAAGAGGGAGGUAGCGGUCCUGCUGCUGGGUUGUUGUCCUUCGGCCCCCUUCAUGUCUCCUGGUGUACUGGCCUGUCUCCUGGUAUCUGCUCCAUGCUCUGUGCUAAGAGACACAGCCAAAUUUCUCGCAUUGAUGUGGCUUCCUGGAUGAGCUGCACUACCUAAGCAACUUCUAUGGGUUGUAGAAUGCUACCUCUAUUGUGUGAGAGCUGACAAAAUGCAAAAGUGACUAAAACAUCAACCAGAAAGGAUGAGAACAGAGAAAAGGUCUCACCACCUGCAGAACCAUUCCUCUACAGGGGUUGUCUUGCUAAUUGCCUAAAAUUUCUACCUGUUGACUGGUCCAUGUGCACAACAGCAGGUUGAUUUCACAGAAGUGUUCCCUUUAUUUUUUGAGAAGUGUAUCUUCAAAACAAGACCCUGUAGUUUAGGCCUUUUUUAGACAGAAUUGAUGUUGAUCUAGGUUCCCCCAAAACCUUAAAAAGGUAUUGACCCUAGCAUGCUAAAAUUCACUUUGGAGUCAAAACAGGAUUUAAAAAAGCUGCUGGGCUUUUUGUGCCGACAGUUUUGUCAUAAUAAAAAUAAAAUCAUGUCGUCAUGUAAAAAAACAAGAGGGAAGUUUACAUGCUGCUUAAGUCUGCGGCAGCUAACUACUACAUCAGGCUCAUUACAGCUCCCAGAAUUCAUGUAUCUACAAUAGGAUGUCAUAAAAGCAGCUGUGGGUAUAAUGUGUAGGUUUUCCAAUAGUUUAAAUAUAAUAAAAAAAAAAUCUAAUGAUCCCAUGACACUUUUGUCCAUGACAAGUGUAUGUGUAAAUCCUUUGAUUCAGGUUUGUACCAUAGUGAUGUAAUUUCUUGCUCUCUGGUUUUUUUUUUUUUUUAUCAAGUGGGAGUGAGCAUGUUCUAAUCAUUAUAAAUAACCGAGCCUUUGUCUUCUUACUCUACAGUUCCUUUAACUAUGAAGCUGAACUGUUAUCAGUAAAAUUCCAUAUUUUUUAGUAUCUACAAAAUUAUUAAUUCAAGCACAAUUGAACAGGAUACUUGACCUUAAUGGAGGUUAACCUCACUGAUCAAUGCCUGCAGUUUUCCUGUCCAGAGAGAUCUGUAUCUGCUUUGUAUGUGUUUCUGUGUGUGUGUGCAGCUGCUGCUGUUCUGUUAACAGUGUUUGGAAAUCUGCUCAUCAUUAUCUCUGUUUGUCACUUCAAGCAGCUCCACACUCCAACUAACAUGCUCAUCCUCUCUCUGGCUGUAUCAGACUUUCUGGUUGGAGUCUUUGUGAUGCCGUUCCAUUUAAACAGACUGACUGAAUCAUGUUGGAUUUUUGGGCCGACAAUCUGUAUGUUUUUUGUUCUGAUCUCCUUUUUUGUCACAAGCAUUUCAAUUUACAAUGUUGCUCUUAUUGCUGUUGAUCGAUAUUUUGCCAUCUCUAGCCCUUUCCUCUACAUGGAGAAGGUAUCUGUCGGUAAUGUUUGCAUUGUAGUUUUGUGUAACUGGUUUGUGCUAUUUUCUUAUAACUCUGCACUUCUUUAUUUCAACGGAAACUCUGCCGGUCUGAUAAUGUGUCCCGAUCAGUGCCUCAUUGUGUUAAAUGAGGUCUGGUCUCUGGUUGAUCUUGUAUUUGUUUUUGUAAUUCCUUGUUCUAUGAUCAUUAUAUUUUAUGUUUUGGUUUUUGUUAUUGCCAAGAAACAUGCAAAUGCUAUCAGGGACCUUAAUGUACAAGCUACAGCUCAUGGCUCAAAGAACAUGGCAGACUCAAUGAAAUCUGAGCGAAAAGCAGCGAAAGUGCUCAGCAUUUUAGUGGCUGUGUUUUUGGCAUGUUUAUUUCCAUACUUUAUAAACACUUUAUUUAGUAGCGCCAUAGAAACAAUUUCAUUCCAUCACUUAGUGAUUCUUUUAUAUCUAAACUCUACAAUCAAUCCUGUGAUUUAUGCUUUAUUUUAUCCAUGGUUUAGAAAGUGUACUAAAGUCAUUUUAACUCUUCAAAUAUGUAGAACAGAUUCAGCACUAAUGAAAGUACUUUAAUGAAUGAAGUUGGAGAACACUGACUUGUGAAUGUUUUUACACAUACAGGUUGACAGAACCUUGAUUAUUUGCAUUUACUAUACAUGUGGCUCAUUUUAAGUGGCAUUAAAUACCAACAGAACAGACUGAACCUAGCAGAAUUUAACCUCUGUGAAACUAUUGAAUGAUUUAAUGUGAUUAUUUGAGGUAAAUGUAAACCAUUAAUUCUUAUUUCCUCACCCCCCCCCCUUUUUCUUGCUGCUGCACAUCCUCCUUGUAUUGUUGUAGUAUGUAUUGAAUCUGUCCUGCUGUGUUUUAAUAUUUUAAUAUUUAAUAAUAUCUGUGUAUUUAAAUAUUUAGCCACAAGAUGAAGGAAUCGCUCUUUUUUCCCAAUAUUUUAACUGAAUAAGUUCAAAGGUCAUGUCUUACCUUUAAGCAACUGCAAUUUUUUUUUUGUGGGAUUUGUCCUAACAGUAUCAUUUUAUUAAAUUUCUUACACUUAAAA